CAACCUGCUCAGACGAAGACGAGGAUCCAGCGAAGCUCAAGUGUUAAUGUUAACUGAUAUUUCUUAUUUUAAUCUGUAUUUAAAGUCUAUCAGAGUUUGGUUUGUAGGUGGCCUUGUUCGCGGUUGUCUGGCUGAGUCGAUUGUCACCGGCCGGUUGACAGUCGUGUCGGACUUCAUCUUGUUUACCAUCAACUCUAGCAGACGAGCUAACGUCGUUAGCUCGGUCGCUAGCCCGCGCAGUGCUAGCGUUAGCUUCGUAACGCUGAAUCUGUGGCGAAAUGGCGGCCAACAAGACACAGACAGCACCAGCGAGUAACUGGUCUUAUGCUGGUCCUGACGAUGGCCGGGUUCACGAAAACCCAGAGUGGGAGAAAGCAAGACAAGCACUAGCAUCCAUUACCAAGAGUCAGAGCACUGCAAAGGCUGCACAAGCCAACCGGACCACAGCAGAGGCCGGUCAGUUCCAGCCAGCAGUGACUGACUCAGUUCCCAUGGCGCUGCCACCGCCACCGCAGCAGCAGCAGCAGCAGCAGCAGCAGCAGCAGCAGCAGCAGCAGCAGCAGCAGCAGCAGCAGCAGCAGCAAUACUAUCCGUGGUACCAACAAUCACAGCAGCACUACCCUGGAUACACAUACCCCUAUAACUAUUAUUACCCCAUGGGUCCAUAUGGAGCUACAUAUCCACCAAACCAGUAUGGUGUACCCCCAGGGCCUUACCCAGGAAGUCCUCUAGCCAAUGGCCAGCCUCCUCCAGUGCCUGGAAUGGAAGACCAGUCCCCCAGCUACCCCUCUCAACCACAACCCCCUCCCCCUGCUACUCCCCAACCCCCCCAGAGUCCAACCACCUCAGAGAAACACCCUCCCCCUCCAACCCCACCCAUUCCUUCCUCUCCCAACUCCCAGUAUCCCCCCCCUCCUUCCCAAAAUGCUUACAGUGCCAAUAACUCCAUGCCAUACCCAUCUGGUGACCCCAACCAAAUGCAACACUAUAAUCAUUCCCAGGGAAGGCCUAACUAUGGCCAGGGCUUCCAGCCCCAGAGCACCUAUCAGUCCUCUCAGAGUAACUCUCAGCAUCCAGGCCAGUAUGUACCAGGAUUGGGCAGAGGAGAGGCCAACAAAAACCAAACCCAAGGACAACAACUGUGGCAUCGCAUGAAACAAGCACCUGGGGCAGGUAGUGUGAAGUUCAAUAUUCCCAAGAAGCCCUAUCAGGUACAGUGUUCUCCAACGUCGAAUCAGGCUUUCCCUCCAGGCGAGCAGCCCUCAGGAUUAAAUCCAGCUCCGUCCUCCCCAGGUUCUGCCAACGCUGCAUCUGCAGGUGCUCAGACAAGGCCCCAGGACUGGCCCCAAGCCAUGAAGGAAUAUGUGCAGCGCUGUUUUACAGCAUGUGAGACAGAGGAAGACAAAGAUCGCACAGAGAAAACGCUGAAGGAAGUCCUGCAGGAUCGACUAAAGGACGGCUCUGCUUACACCAUUGACUGGAAUCGUGAGCCACUGCCAGAACUAAGGGCCAAGCAGUCUCGUUGGGAAUCUGUCUCAUCCCUGAGGUCCUCAGAUGGUUCAAAUGGCCGUGGUGGAAGUACAGUGGCUGCAUCUUUGAGAGGCAGGGCCGGAGGACACAGACUGGGCCACUACAGGAAUAUAUUUUCUCAAAGGAGUCCAUCCUCUAGUUCCUCCCGUUCCUCCUCCCGCUCUCCAUCCCCCUCUCAUGGCCGACACAGGGACCGCAGCAACCAAAGGCACAGGAGAAGUGAUUCUGGCUCACAGUCAGACAGCAGCAUCUCCAGUGACCUUCGUAGUCAAAUUUCAAGACGAGGUCAGAAAGGAGCCCGUGGUCGUGGUAAUGACAGAGAUAGAGGCCGAGGGGGUGGAGAGAGAGGAAGAGGAAGAGGAGGAAAAGCUAAUAGAGGAAGACGAAGCAUGGAAGAAACCGGUGGGAAGAAGAGGAAAGGAGGAAAUGCCGGUCUGGAUUUCCAUGACCCCAACAGAGAAGCCAAGAAACAGAGCAGAGCCGCUCGCUUCCACAAGCAGCUCCGUGUAGAGCCCCUGGUUCUCUCUGUCAAUACAGUAGACCUGCCUAAUGGUACACAGGAGGGCCUCAGCUGGGAGGACUGUCCUAUUGUGGGAACAUGUCAGGACAUCACCAAGCACUACCUGAGGCUCACAUGUGCCCCUGACCCCAGCACUGUGCGCCCUGUGCACGUGCUGAGAAAAUCUCUGCCGCUUGUGAAACUCGACUGGAAAAACAACCAGGACUACACUUACGCCUGUGAGCAGAUGAAGUCCAUACGACAAGACCUCACGGUCCAGGGAGUUAGAACAGACUUCACAGUGGAAGUGUACGAGUGUCAUGCACGUAUUGCUCUCGAAAAGGGAGACCAUGAGGAGUUCAAUCAGUGCCAGACCCAGCUGAAGGCCUUGUACAAGGACCAUCCCUCCGUGAACAUAGGAGAGUUUACGGCAUAUAGGUUGCUGUAUUACAUCUUCACCAAAAACUCUGGCGAUCUCACCACUGAGUUGGUGUACUUGACCCCGGCAUUGCAGGCAGAUAAGUGUGUGGCUCAUGCUCUUGCACUCCGAGCUGCCUGGGCAUUAGGAAACUUUCGCCGUUUCUUUAAGCUCUACCUGGAAGCACCACGAAUGGCCUCAUAUCUCAUUGACAAGUUUGUAGAGAGGGAAAGAAAGAUUGCUCUUCGGGCCUUAUUCAAAUCGUUCAGGCCUGACUUGCCAGUCGAAUAUGUUCAGUCCAGUCUGGGCUUCACUUGUUUAGACUCCUGUGUGACCUUUCUUACUGGGCUAGGUGUCACCUUCGCCCCAUAUGACGCCACAAAGAUAGACUGUAAAGCCAGCGCCGCAGCUUUGGCUGCCUCCUGAGUGGUUGGGUGGAGUAGUAGAAUGUGGGGAGACCCUCAUGGAUACUUACAUAUUCACUGCACUGCACUUUAGUCACCUUAGUCAGUUCAGAUAAGAUUCAGAUUAACACCUUUACCAGCCCUAUUGAGAAGGAAACAUUCUAACACGCUGCUGAGAGAAUGAGAUUUCAGGAUACAGGGUUAAUUAUCUGACACUGCGAUAAGAACAGUUUCAAACAUGAGGGAGAAUAUUUGCACACUCAACUAUUGCCAGAUAGCCUAAUUCCCAACUUAACACAAUAGUUGUGAUGCCAGAAAAGUGAAUCAACAGAUCAGAUUGGGAAAAGUCAUGUAGUCUCAGGACUUAGAGGCCAAGUACAAGAUCAGGGUGCCCCCCCCUCCAUGGUUCCUGUUCCCUUACGACCAUCAGGUGUCACAGCUAACAGUGUUCUGUUAUGUCUUUUCCUUCCUCAAGUCAACAGCUCCAAGGCCUGAAGAUUCAAGCCAUGUCAAUCAAAAAGGGAAAUGCACAGCUCUUCUUCAAGUCACGUAUCGUGCGCUCUCUUGAUCGAAGUCAAGCCGAUCGUUGAAUCAAGUCAACUUCACAUUAUCCCCUCAGAGACUGUGAGACGGCCAGGUGAGAAGAUGCAGUUUGUCUGCGAGAAGAAGUGGUGGUUUGUAUGUCCUGCCCUGCUACCCAUGUCCUCCAUGUUUGAUCUGCACCAGGCGGUUCAUCCCGUUCCUUCUCCCCAACACAUGCUGUUUCAAAACGACGGACUGAAGUCUAAAGUCACCUGGUUGUGUUCAGAACUGUUAAACCGCCUGGUCAGUUUAGAAUGGUAUUCCAGCAUUGGGAAGAAGUCUCAACCUGUUGAGCAUUGACUCUGUAUGAUAAAGGAUACAGGCCAGUGUUCUACAUCAAGGUUGUGUCAUCGCUCCUCCACAUCCUGGAAGCUAAACGCCAUCUCUAGGAUCUAAGCAGCUUGAGGCAGAAAGGAAAACCUGUUUCCAUCAUCCUAGGGUGGAAGAUCCUGUCAGCACCUGGAAUCCAGCCCAGCCCGGUCAUCACAGCAAAGUGCACCAGUGACGUCACCUUGACUUCACCAGCUCAGGGCCCCGGAGGGGAAACGUGCUGCUGCUUCUCAAAAGAGUAACGAGUGGUUUGUAUGAUGCUACAUCUGCUGUUGGUAUUCGCAUGGCUGGUAAGAAAAAAGGGACUUCUUCUGGAAGGCGGUGGAUGACGACAUCUCUUCUGUGGGUUUUUUUUUUUUUAUGGAGCAGCAAUAUUAAUUGUCCUGACGAAAGAAAAACAUUCAUCUUUCAUAAGAAAAUGUCAGACUGAAGAAAAGAUUGAAGGAAGAUCCCAGACUGUUUCAAUGUCAUGAUCAAGUAAUUGAAAUCAAAACACAUUAUUUUUAAACUAUCUGAGUUAAAAUCUGUAGUUUUACUGGUGCAGACCAGUUUCCUUGACGUGGCAGUGAAAUCGUAGCAGACUUCCAUCUCUCUGAUUCAGCACAUUUUCUUCUUCAGGUAUGUGACUUGAGGGUGCGUAGAUAGAUUUUUGACCAGGAAAAGGCGUAUGUUAUUUCAGUAAAAAUUCUUCAGCCGCUCAUAAAUGUGAGGAAAUUUAACCAGGUGAACAUUUCACAGUGACGUUUCCUGAUACUUUUUACAAUAUUCUCAUUUAAUACUCGCCUGAAAUUGAAAACACAAAUUGAUACAGUCCCUCAUUAAUUGAGUUGUGGUCUUUAACAGUAUGAAUAACUAUGGAAGAAAGAUUGAUGUGGUAAACUUUGGUUGAACUGACCUGGGCACAAGUUGGAUGCAGGCUUUUUGUAAAAAAAAUGUCUUAUGUAAAUAUUGUAUGAUAAUGAUUUCCUUUCAGUUAAUGCAUUAUUUUUUUCACACAUGGGUAAGUGUGAAGGUUUUUUUCCCCUGAGUUUCUCAAAACUAUGUGAAUAUGUAAAGUUAAAUGCAGAUGGGUCUGAAUUGGAUUGUGUGCAGUGUCUUUAACAUCAGUACAGUGGUAGUUUUUUCCUGUGAAAUAUCUUAAACCAAAUUUUGUUAUGAUCCUUUCAUGAGAGAACUUUUUAAACUUGUUCCUCAGACAAAACAAUCGCUUCUUGUUAAGUAGCAUAGAUUUUCCAUCAAGUUGGCAAUGUGAUUGUUUAAACCUGGAUGUUUGUCAAAGUGUUGUGCAAUGACAAUGAUCUCAACAUGUUUUCUUUCUCCCCCCCCUUCAUCCAUCUGACCUCUGUCGUCUUUACUGUUCCCCCCCUCCUCACUCCCCAAACCCCUCUCACACACCACCAGACGUCUCGUUCUCCAGCUCACAGCACUGCUGCAAUGCAGGAGCACAGAAAGUGGGCGAACCUCCUCCAGACGCCAGCCGGAGAGAGGGAGAGAGAAUUGUGAGCAAAAUCCAAGUCUGGUGCUCAAGUUGAAGCUGUACAGCUGAUCUAUGGGAGCCUCACGUAAUGAAAUGUAAUGAAAAUGUUGAUCUGCUGCAGAUGUGAUUUUUCUGCUUAGUCCAGAUAUUUCAACACUUUGCUUGUACUAUGAGACGCCUGUUUAGUUUUAGACUCUGUUUUGAUGGAAGUCAUAAUGUGCUUAUCUGUUUGUCCAGACACAUUUGUAGCUUAUUUUUCUAUUUUUUUUUUUUUUUCUUCUGAAGUUUCGCUAUUUACUUUUUUUUCUUUCACCUAAUUAAUUUAUUGCCAGGAAUCUUUAGGCCUGGGUUUGCUUGAGCAGAUUUACGUGAAUCGGAGUUGUUUAUUUUAGAGAGUUUUUCCCUCAUAGUCUUGAAUGUGUCUGCACAUACAGAACAAAUCGUUUUCCUACAAAACUUUCUCUGGUAUCUAGGCAAAGUUUCUAUUUUGAAAAGUGCUGGUGUGUGCUUCCAUGCUCAGAUUCCCCUUUCAGUAGCGUCACAUGUGAUGAUUGUUGACUGUGAUUGUUUGUUUCCUUAGGCUUGUGUAAAUGUGCACUUUUUACACAGGGUUAAAGUGUGUACUUUUGAUGUCUCAGGUUGAAACAGACCAGGAAGUUCACUUUAUUAUCAUUUCUUUUUAAUAGAAAUUCACCCCAGAUAACUAACGAUACACAUUUAAUUUGGAUGUCCCGCCUCCACCCUCCUCCGAUGCCUGAGUCAUGUUUUCAGUAUUUUUUGCUCCCUUGUUUUGCUGUAUAUCUCCCAUCAGUCUGUAACUUCUUCCUUGACACGUCACUCUGGAAGAACUCCCAUGUGUCUCUUCACCUCAGCUCUGUUCAUUUCCUCCCAUUUCCCCUAUUUAACUUCAUUUAAGUUAAGUUGAUCUCGUCUCUCUUCUCACUUUCUCUCACUCCGUCUCCCUGCAUUCUUCCCUCCCUCCUCUCCUCCAAAACUAAACACUAUUGGUUCUAUUCUCAUUCUCCUCUUUUCCCUAAAUGUUGUUGAGUUUGUUUGUGACUGUUUGCCAGGUGCAACUAAAGUCACUCUCACUAGUAAGUAUUGUAUUGCUUCUGCAAUGCUUGGAUAGUUUAUGUUCCAGCUCACUAACAACUGAAGGUUUAUCUGCAUCACCCAAUCCCCGUCCCUCACUUCCCCUUGCCUCUACAGAUCUAAUAUGACAAACUGCCAUUUUGUAAAUAUUGUGUACAUAAUAUCUUUUGAAAAACUAAUAAAGAGCAAAUUAAUGUG